CUGCCGGGGAAGCGGCCUCACACUCUGCACACAGUCGCACUCGGCGCGCUCACACUCUGGGAAGCGCCUCCCCACGUCCCUCCCCUGCCCUCCUCUAGGUUCGCUCCGCUCUCCCUCACCGCAAAUAGUCGCCGACCGACUGCCAAGCCGCCUCUCUUGUCUCUCUCUCUUCACAACAUGACUGACUGGGAAGCGGUGGCUCUGGCAGAGCAGCUCUGCUGGCGCAGCCAGAAGGAGCAGGAGGAUUAUUAAAACGCAGCUCGACUCUGUGCAACUGGGAGUGGAACGAAGGAGCCCAACGGCCGAGACGGGGAGGAGGGAGGGCAAAGGAGGGGACCAGGAAGGACACCUCUGUGCCCCGAAGACACAAAUCUCUCAGUGCCCUGGAGCAGCCUUAACCAGCGGUGUGCAGCCCUUCAGGUUUCAAAGUUGGCUGUCACAGUGCAAGCCUUGGGGUCCCGAUGGGGGACUCAGGAUCCAGACGAUCUACCCUGGUGUCCCGUUUGCCAAUAUUCAGAAGGAGUAUCAGCAGAAGGAACGAUUCUCUUCCUUCCUCCCCCUCUUCCAGCAAUACGGUGGGUGUCCACAGUUCGUCUCCUUCCAGCACGAACUCAAGCUCAGGAAGCACAGGUAAACGCAGAAGCAUAUUCCGUACUCCAUCUAUCAGUUUCCAUCAUAAAAAGGUCAGUGAGCCUAAGCAAGAAGCCAGCAGCCAGAACCUUAGUGUUUCCAAUGGUGCCCAGCCUGGUCACAGCAACGCGCAGAAGCUGGGCUUGGACGACCCUGUCAAAGCCAGGGGGAGACAUUCUGUUGGUUUUCAUAGUUCACGAAAUAAGAAGAUAACAAGAUCUUUGACGGAAGAUUUUGAACGAGAGAAGGAGCACUCCACAAACAAGAAUGUCUUUAUCAAUUGUCUAAGUUCUGGCAAAAGUGAGGGGGAUGAUUCUGGGUUUACGGAAGAACAAACUCGCCGUUCUGCGAAGCAGUCAACCCGGAAGCUGCUCCCCAAAUCUUUUUCAUCUCACUACAGAUUUUCUAAGCCAGUUCCACAGAGCCAGUCCGUUUCUUUGGUACAACAGCCUGACUUCUCUUUGGAGAUUACAGAGUUGCAAGAGAAAGAACCUGUAUUAGGAAGAACAUCUCCGUCUUGUUCUUGGGAUGUUACGGACCGGGCAGGAAGCUCCUUGCAUUCUCCUUUGCUUUCUGCGGACCUUACCACGGCUCAGACACCUUCUGAAUUUUUAGGUUUGACCGAAGAUUCCAUGUCUGAAGCAGAUGUAUUUCCUAAAAGCGGAAGCCUGGCAUCCCACUGUGACAACCUUGCCCAAAAUGAUUCUACCUCUAAGAUCUCUCGCAAUCCUGCUGCUCUUACAAAGACGACGCCAGAUCUCCUGGGAACAGCCCCCUGUGCAGUCACGUCUCCCGGGAAACACAGGUUAGAAGGCCGAUGUCGCACUGAAGCUCAUUCUGUUCUAGAAACCUCUGCUGCUACUCAGGAGGAAGUGUUAUUGCAAAUCCCCGAGGUCCCUAGGAGGAAUGUGAUGAACUCAGAGAACCGUCUGCCCGCAGAUGCUCCAAGGAAGGAAAACGUAGUUGCCCAAAAUGGGGCUGCAGCGCUGGGCGCGAGCUCCCCCAGGAAACGCGGCGUGUGUGAGCAACACCAAGCAAUAGCUGAGCGUGGGAAAGGGAUCCAUCCGAUUUCCGAUUCGAAGAUAAUACCCUCUUCCGGGGAUCAUCACGUUUUUAACAAAACAUAUGGAUAUGAGGCAAAUACUGCCAAAGUUCUUGCCAGCAGCUUCAGUCCUUAUCGCGAAGGGAGAUUCAUAGAGAGGCGACUGCGAUCUUCUUCGGAAGGAACCGCUGGGAGUAGCAGGAUGAUUUUCAAGCCGAAAGAUGGGAACACAGAAGAAAUUAAUACUUUAAGAAAGCAAAGAACGGGUUCCUCAUCUUCAAAAAUGAACAGUAUGGAUGUUUUGAAUAAUUUGGGGUCUUGUGAACUAGACGAAGAUGAUCUAAUGCUAGAUUUAGAACUUUUAGAGGAACAAAAUCUUCAUCCUUCAGUUUGCCGGGAGGAUUCAUACCAUUCUGUAGUCUCGUGUGCUGCUGUAGUUCUCGCACCUAUGGAACCAGCGUUAGACUUGAAAAAGAGAGAGGAGCCCAAAAUUCUAGAGCAUGGCAAACCGAAUCUUUCCUUGAAAUUAACAAGAGAUGUUGAGCAGGAAGCAAGGUGUUCGCAUAUCAACCGGACGCCCAGCAGUCCAUCUGCAGACUGGCCCCUACCAGGUGUGGAAGAGAAUGGAGGCAUGGAUGCUCUGCCGUUCAGACUGAUGCUGCAGGACUGCACAGCUGUCAAGACGUUGCUGUUGAAGAUGAAGAGAGUGCUACAAGAGAGUGCAGACAUGAGCCCUGCAAGCAGUACCACGUCACUUCCUGUUAGUCCUCUUACUGAAGAACCAGUGCCUUUCAAGGAUAUAAUGAAAGAUGAAUGCUCGAUGCUCAAGUUGCAGCUGAAAGAGAGGGAUGAACUUAUCUCUCAACUUCAGGAAGAGCUGGAAAAAGUCCAACAUUUGCAGAAGGCUUUUGCUUCAAGAGUAGAUAAAUCCACACAGACUGAACUUCUAGGCUGUGAUGGUUUAAGCUUGAAAAGAUUCGAGGCUGUACAAGGAGGGAGAGAGGUUACAUGUCGAAGUCGAAUUGUGAGCCAAAGCCUCAGCACAAGGGACAGAAAAGCAAUGCAUACUCCCACCGAGGACCGUUUUAAGUAUUCAGCAGCCGACCAGCCCAGCCCCUACCCAAACAAAGCCUAUCAGCUCUCAAGCUUAUGUCUCAAUACUUUCUGGAAGGACAAGGAACUAGCUGAUGUGAUGAAACACUCAAAAGGAACUUUUGACGUGCCCAUGUCGGAGGUUACAUGUUCCGCCGUCGGGCAGAGCCCUCUGAAGCCCAUUGCCAAGUCUGAAGGGUUCACCUCCUUCUUAGAGAAACCAAAGGACCCCUCUGGGGGAGCCCGCCAGCCCUCAGUCUUCACGGGCAGAUUUGGGCAGCCACCGAGAGGGCCCAUCUCCUUACAUAUGUACAGCAGGAAGAAUGUAUUCCUUCACCAUAAUUUACAGACCACGGAGCUGCAGACUCUGGGCCAACAAGAUGGGUAAAUAAGCACCCUCUUCCUGAAUCUGGGUAGGACAAAGAUGGUUCCUUUGUCUUGUGCAUAGUUCAUAUUUAAAUCGUCAUGUAUUUAUUAUUAUUAUUAUUACCUUCGCCUUUGGUCAAAAACAGACCUGUGAGCUGUUUUGUCUUUGUUUUCUUUUGUUUUGUUUUUCCGGUCGUUUAAAGAAUGAGGGUUCAAGCAUGUGUGAAUUAGGUUGAAUUGCCUUGCAGAUUUUACUGUAAUGUGUAUAAAUAAUGGGACCAUCUUGCUGGGUUAUACAUUCCGUAAUUCACUUAUUGCUUAUCUGUAUCACAGAUAGGCAGUAAGGUUCCAGGAGGUAAUAUCGAAUACUGCUCUGUUCACUUUGUUAUUGGUGU